UGUUGGGCAACGCUUGUCACCAUGAUCAACUUUUGACAAACAUUUUCACAUCCUGUGGCUCAGGGUGACUUCAGUUAGGUCUGUGGAGCGGCAUUUUCCUUCUGUGAGUUACUGGUUCCUGAAAAAAUGGAUACCRCUGCGACCUACAACACAACAGUCUCACCCAGCAAUGUGACCUGUAAGACCCUCUAUGACCACCGGAAAUAUGCUCGCAUUCUCAUACCUCUUGUGUACUUGGUCGUGUUUUCCGUGGGGCUGUUUGGGAACUGCCUCGCCCUCCACGUCAUUCGAGCCAAUCAGAAGAAGCUGAACUCCACUACUUUGUACUCUCUAAACCUGGUCAUCUCUGACAUCCUCUUCACUCUCAGUCUACCUCUCAGGAUUAUAUAUUAUGCUCAAGGCUUCCACUGGUCUAUGGGUGAAACUCUUUGCAAGAUCUCAGGCUUUAUCUUCUACAUAAACACUUACGUAGGAGUCAACUUCAUGACCUGCCUCAGCGUGGACCGUUACAUCGCUGUGGUCCUGCCUCUGCGUUAUGCCAAAUUCAGGAAAGUCAGUAACGUUCGCUACAUCUGUGUUGGUGUGUGGUUGUGGGUCCUGGCUCAGACCCUCCCUCUCUUCGCCAUGCCUAUGAUCAGUAAAGAAGAUGGAAACUUCCUCACCUGUAUGGAAUACCCCAACUUUGAGAAGGUGGACAACAUUGCCASCACGCUGAUUGGUGCUGUCUUCGUAGGUUAUGUCAUCCCCGUGGUCACAAUCCUGGUGUGUUAUUCUGUCCUGUGCUCCAAACUUCGCCUGACAGCCAAAACUAACCAUUUGACUGAAAAGUCUGGUCGCAGUCGCAAGGCCAUUGGUGUGAUCUGCUGCGUCUCACUGGUGUUUGUCAUCUGCUUCAGCCCUUAUCACAUCGACAUUCUGCAGUACAUGAUUCGAAAGCUGGUGUCGAAUCCAGACUGCGCCGAUCUCACUGCCUUUCAGGUGUCGCUGCACGUCACAUUGUGUCUGAUGAAUUUAAACUCCUGCUUGGAUCCAUUCAUCUACUUUUUUGCCUGCAAGGGCUACAAAAGGAAGCUCUUGAGGCUGCUGAAGCGAAAUGUCAGCAUUUCCUUCUCCAGUGCAGUGAGAACAUCACCUGAAGGCUCCUCCAAGGACUUCCUUGAUGGUAACAAGAUCCAACUCAACAGUGAGAGACUCACAGAAAGAAGAUUAAAUUCUGAGAGGAGAGGAGAGGACAUGGAUGUACUGGAACAGUGAGGGGCUUCUCAGUGUUUGGAUCCACAGAUUCUUUUUUCUCCAGACAUUUUUCAUAAAAUUAUUUUUGUCCUUUUUAAUUUUUGUAUAUAAAAAAAAACUCCUUUACCAAUCUUUUGUAUUGUAUAUAUGUGAAUUGAGGAUAAAAGGCAGAAUUUCUGCAGCUAUUGUGUACAGCAACAAGAGAACAAAACCUGUCUGCCUUUUGCCAGAAAACCAAGCUAAUUGGAUUAAAGGAUUAUGAAAGCACAGCAUAGUGAAAGUGGACAGCCAGCUGAUGGGAAGAUGGAUGAAAUAAACUUCAGCGACUCAACAUAAAAGUAUACUCUAAUUUCAUAWUCCCAGCUGGUUGAAAAGUAAUGACAAAGUGACAAAAGGAUGAGAAGAGUUAAACUCAUUGCGUCAGUAUUUCCCUACAAGGACGUUUUCACAACAGCUCAGCAAGGAUGUUACAUUUAAGCAAACUGUCAAAGGGAUGAUUUAAAGAAAUAUAUCAAACAGAAAUCUGAUAUACGUUUCAUUUUGACUAUAAACCAAAUAAAGUUUCUGGUCUUUUACUUUGGUUUCAGUUCAGUUCACAGAGCUGCAGGCCAAAUCAAAAUGUCUGCUUUAUAUUCUGAUUUAAAAAUAUAAAUAAAUAUAACAUCUUAUUUUCUAUUUAUAAAGCUGUCAAUCAGUUUGAGGUCAAUG